UGGGGCUGGACACAUCUCACGGAGACGGAGAAGACACGCCGCACUCUCAGACACUCUCUGUUCUGUCACACCCAAAUCAGAUUUUUACAAACGUUGUUGAUUUUUUUUUUUUUUUUAAAAAGGCUCAAGAUCUGGAUUUACUCUUUCUCGACUGCUGGGCCGCGGCGGGGUCAUGGAUCCGAUUGUGGAAGUAGUGGCUCUGGUUCUGGGGUUCAUCGGUUGGGUGAUGCUGGGGGUGUGCCUGCCCAACCGUUACUGGAGGACGUCCACCGUCGACGGGAACGUCAUCACCACCUCCACCAUCUAUGAAAACCUGUGGAUGUCGUGUGCGACGGAUUCGACGGGGGUUCAUAACUGCAGGGAGUUCCCGUCGCUCCUCGCUUUGAGUGGCUACAUCCAAGCGUCUCGUGCCCUGAUGAUCACGGCGAUAGUGUUGGGCACCUUCGGACUGUUUGCGGCCCUGAUAGGAAUACAGUGCUCAAAGGCCGGAGGGGAAAACUAUGUUCUUAAAGGGAGGAUUGCUGGCACCGCUGGCAUCUUCUUCAUACUUCAAGGUGUGUGCACAAUGGUCGCAGUGUCCUGGUACGCCUUCAACAUCACUCAGGAUUUCUUUGACCCGUUCUAUCCUGGCAUAAGGUAUGAAAUAGGAGAAGGUCUUUACAUCGGUUGGUGCUCGGCUGUGCUCGGCAUCGCCGGAGGAUCCUGUCUCACCUGCUCCUGCAAGAUUGGCACCGAGGAAAAAUACCCUCUGCCUUAUCAAGGCAGGGGAACUGUAUAUUCUGGAGUUGCACCGACCAGAAGCGUGGCUGCAAGUACUUAUGGACGAAAUGCUUAUGUUUGAGUGGGACCAUGCCAUCACCUCAGUUUUCGUUGGCACAUCAAUGUCCAAGUGUUCAGUUUUUUUACCUGGCAGUUGGGGCUUUUUGUCCACAGCUAUGUGGAAAAGCUUCUUUAACAUGUUCACAGACUAAAGCACUGUAUAUAAAAUCACACUAUCAAGACUAUUCUGUAAAAAUUAUAGCAUCAAAAUUAUAUUGUAAAAGUUGUAAAAAGCUAAACUACUUAACGCUGCGUCAAACCCACUGUGUGAUUGCAAUGAUUCUAUUUAAGUUAUCCUGCUGAUGUUAGUGAACCAUACAUUCACAUACAGUCACUUGUUUCCAAAGAAGUCCAAUUGUUUGAUCAUCUUCAUACAUGCUUCUAGACAUUUGUAAGGGGAAGGUCAAAAACAGUGAUAAUCCAGAUGUUUGUGUGUGUUGUACUGUACAGUUUUAUAGAUAGUGUCUUGGGGGAAGGGCGAAGGAGAGGGCAUCUUUGUUUUGAUGGUUUGUUGUUUGUUGUCUUUUUUUACGAUUGUACACAGUAAAAUGUGUUAUGCAAAACAUUUCCGUUUGAUUUUGAAUCCCCGUAGUCAAUUAAGUCACGACUGUACACGUGUUGUUUUUUUUUAUUUCUAUAACUAGAAGAUAUAUAUGUCACAGCAAUCCACUUCAACAUUAAGAUACAUUGUGUUAUAAAAACGAGAAAAAUGUUACAUAAUUGUGAGAUACUAAAUCAUAACGAUGAGAAACUGAGUAGCAUUGCCAUCAGUGAGGACACUGAAGUCUAGCAAUAAUGAUGAUAUAAUAUAUCUUAAAACAAUAAAACUUCUGA